CUUUUUCCAAUUGAGCGUAACCACGCGAAAGCAGCCAACCAAGCCCGGUGACGUGACCCGUCUGCACGUCACCCAAUCCGAACCGACCGACGACGAGGCCCAGAGCUACCUAUCCCGCCCUGCGACGACAAAAAAACACGCAGUCGCCCGGCCCCUCACACGGACAUGUCCAGCCCCGACGACGAAAAGCCGCCGGCCUGGCGGGCGCAGGAGUUCGCGGCCGCGCCGACGGAGGACCAGCUGCGGGCGCUGCGGGUUGUCGAGCAGCAGCAGCAGGACCUCAAGGCCAAGCUGAGCGGGCAGCAGCGCGCGACCAUCGGGGAGGCCGUGGGCACCAUCAAGCCCGAAGACUUUCUAGCCGUGCACAACGCGCCCUGCUCCAGGCAGGGCCUGCUCACAGGCAUCGGGGGCGGCGCCGGCGUCGGGGCGCUGCGGUUCGUGCUGGGAGCACCAAUACCAAAGGCGGCAAAUUGGGCCGCGGGCGCCUUCGUCGCAUUCGCCGUCGGGUCUUACGAGUACUGUCAGUAUAGCCGCCGGGUGGAGCGCGAGAAGCUGAAGAGGGCGGUGGAGGUGUUUGACCGGAAAGCGGCAGAGCUGAGAAAGAAGGCCGAGGACAAGAAGCGGCAGGACGCGGAGGCGGCCGCCGCAGAAGAGGCGUCGAGGUUAGCCUCCCAGAAGAGGUGGUAUAAGUUGUGGUGAACAAGCUCGGGCUGGGUCACGAUAAAAGGGAUUAAAAGGCCGCAUUACGGUCCCCAAAGGAGACGGAAAAGGCUAGCAUUAACAUUGGCGCAUGAUCUUUUACAUGUAUAUUGAGAGGGUUAUUUGGGUAUUGAUUGCCAUCAUCAGUAUAUAAUUUGCAACCGCACGUCUCGAUCGUCAGCCCGAGCACCCCGACGUGCCGCAAAGAAACUCGAGUCUCAACCCACUUAUAAUGAAAGCGGCCAACUGCGUGGGGAACGGGCAAUUUGGGUUCAGAAAAAUAUCAAAUCAUACUCGGGAGUGACAGUCCUGGUACCAACUCCCCUGGAUAUCCCGC